CCACCCACUUCUGAGCAGAAAAUACUGAGAGAAUUUGUUUUUCAGAAAGAAGCAUAACGAGAAAAAGGCAUGAGAAUAAUUUGGAUCAGACUGUGUGAAUAAAACGGAGAGAAACUCACCUGUCCUCCUCUGCCGGACCUUUACGAUGUAACACCGGGCGGAAGUAAACAACGAAACGGCGGAAGCUUCAGUGUGAGUGAGCAGGAAGUGGUUGUGUUGUGGUGUCUGAGCUGAGUCUCUGAGCUGUUGGAGUAACAAUGCCUUCAGUUCAGUGUCUGAGAGAGUUUAUCAACGAGCGGCUAACUGCUGCUGCUCAAGAAAUAUUCACAGAGUUUGAAAAAACGAUCGUCCAGUACGAGGAAGAGAUCGACCGUCAGCGCAGACUGCUGGAUAUCACCUGGAAACCCGAAAUAAAGCUGCACAAGACAGACCUUCUACAGCAGAGUGUCAGUAAGGAGGAGGAGGUUCUCACUGAGCAGCAGCUCUGGAACCAGGAGAGGAGCUCCAAUUUGGACCAGGAGGAACCAGAACCUCCACAAGUUAAAGAGGAAGAGGAGGAAAUCUGCAGCAGUCAGGAGGGAGAGCAGCUUGCACUGAAGGAGGAGAGUGAUACCUUUAUGGUGACUGCUUCUUAUAAGGAAAGAGACCACAGUGAACCAGAAUCAGACAGGGAGCAGCUCCUUUCUUAUAGCUCUGCUGACAACAACAGCAGAGAUCAGAGAGCGAACAAGUAUGAAGACUCAGCAUCAACUCGAACUGCAGAGCAAAAGCCAAAUGAGAGAUAUCAGAAAGACCUCCCACAGCAUCAUGUCAGUAACCAGGAGAGGAGCUCCAGUCUGGACCAGGAGGAACCAGAACCUCGACGGAUUAAAGAAGAAGAGGAGGAACUCUGCAGCUGUCAGGCGGGAGAGCAGCUUGUACUGAAGGAGGAGACUGAUACCUUUAUGGUGACUGCUUAUGAGGAAAGAGACCACAGUGAACCAGAACCAGACAGUGAACAGCACAUCUCUCAAAGCUCUCCUGACACUGAGAGCAGUGAUCAGGAAGAGAACAAGUAUGAAGACUCAACUUCAACUGAAAAUGCAAUGCAUAUGCCAAAUGAGAAACCAUAUGUCUGUGAAAUAUGUGGGAAAAGGUUCCGUCAAAAUAAUGAUUUAUCUGUCCACAUGAGAACGCACACAGGGGAGAAGCCACAUCCCUGUGAAACAUGCGGGAAGAGCUUCAGUCAGCUUAGUAAUUUAUAUCGCCACAGGAGAACUCACACAGGGGAGAAGCCACAUCCCUGUGAAACAUGCGGGAAGAGUUUCAGUCAGCUUAGUAAUUUAUAUCGCCACAGGAGAGCUCACACAGGGGAGCAGAUGUAUUUUUGUCGAACAUGUGGGAAAAGUUUCAAUCGACUUGACAGUUUGUCACUCCACAUCAGAACUCACACAGGUGAGAAGCCGUAUUCCUGUGAAAUUUGUGGGAAGAGCUUCAGUACAAGUUCUAAUUUUUCUAUCCACAUGAGAAUUCACAGAGGCGAGAAGCUGUAUUUAUGCCAGAUGUGUGGGAAAAGUUUCAGUCGCAGCUCUAAUCUGUUGGUGCACAUGAGAACUCACAGAGAUGAGAAGAUGAAGUCAAGUAACACAAGUGGGGGAAAAAUCAUGUGACAGAAAAAAACCCCACAAGAACAUUUAAUUAAAAUGAAAGCUUUCAGAUUUCAGGUGCUUUAGCCCCUCCUUUUGCAACGAAUGUCUGAGAAGUUUUCUAAGUGUUUCACCAUCAGUAUACUGUGAAUAAUCUCUGUAAUUAUAUGUGUGUGUAUAUAUAUUUUUUAUAAAUGUGAGAUUUAAUAUAAAAUUUCCUUUGUGUCAUUAUUAAUCAGUUAUGUAUAUAAUGUUAAUUUGAUCCUGUAGCUUAUUGGUGCUGCAUCUCAAAAGGGGAAAAAAGAAGCCAGUCUCUUUUUUUUCUUAGCUAAAUUAACACAAAGUUUAUUUGUCAAGUAAUACAAGUGGGGGAGAAAUUGUGAUGUAAAAAAACCCCCCAAAAUAUUUCCACUGGUUAAAAUGAAAGCUUUUAGAUUUCUGGUGUCUGAGAAGUUCUCCAAGUGUUUCACUAUCAGUAUACUGUCCAUA